UGUCAGUUUUACACUUAUAUAUACUAUAUCGUACACGUUCUUAUCUAUUAUCUUACUUGAGAUCUUUCCUGUACGACGUUCUUAUCUAAUAACUUAUUUAAAAUUCAAUAAGAAAUCAAGAUAAAUAAUACUAUUUUGUGUUAUCUCUGUCAUGAAUUAAUAAAAUAAUAUUUCUAUUAUUUAAUUGACAAUUAAUUAUUGUAAACAAAAAGAGAUAUAAAACAUGGAAAGUUUCCCACCGCAGAAAUAUGUCAAUAAAAUAGAAACUUUUGAUACGUGUAUGAUAGAAGCUACAAAUCAGCAAGAAAUCAAUCAAUCAGUAGGUGCACAAACCCCUAUGCAAACUGUACAAGUAAAAAAUCAAGAUAAUCAUGAAUCAUCAACAUUGCACCAACAACAACAACAACAGCAGCAACAACAAUUGCAACAGGAUCAAAAUCAAAUCACUCAAAUUCAAUCAAAUAUUCAGCAAAAUAUGACACUUACUCCAAUUCGCUUACCUGCUAUUUUAGAUGGUGAAUUCUUUACAGUAAUUAGAGUAGAAGACACUAAUGUUACAGUUAGAUGUUUACAGUGUCAAAAAUUGCUUAAUGGAAAUUUGAAAUCUACUGGAAACUUUUUAAGUCAUAUAAAAAGACUCCAUCCACUCAUGAUAGAAAAAAUCAAAUGUAAAUCUAACCAAAGGAAACCUGCAAUGGUAUAUAUUGAUUUAUCCUCUGAUAAAUAUGCAGAAAUCAUAAGAACAAAAAGAAGAUACAGAAAAUACUAUAAACCAGAGGAAUGUCAACCUGGUAAUGAAGAAUUGUAUGAACAAUCAACAGAAUGGACUGAUCAAACUCCAGUCAUUCGAAGACGAAAAUCAGAAGAACCUGAAUCUAACGAUUUUUUGAAAAUACCACAUAAUAAUUCCAUUGUUAUGGAAGAUGAAUUUGAUGCAAUUGGUCGAAAUGUAGCAGCAAAACUUAGAAAUAUGCGUUUAGACCAAAGAAUAAUAGCUGAAAAGUUAUUAAGUGAUAUUUUGUUUGAAGCUCAACUUGGUAAUCUUCACAGAGAUUCUAACAUACACGUAUAAGAGAAUUAUUUUAUAAUAUAUAUUUUCUAUAAGUGAACUGAAUUAUAAAUAUACUUUAAUAAAUAUAAAAAGAAUAUAUUUUUAAUAAAUUUGAAUAGGAGCUUUAAAAGUUUUAAAGUCCAAAUAUCCAAAAACUUUUAAAGAACCAAGUAUACACAAUAUACAUUGGAAGAAGUAGAAAUUUUAAUAAUUAUAAAAAAGGAAUAUAAAUAUAUCUAUAGCUGUCAGUGUAUAUAAUAUAUAAUAUUGUAAAUAUUAUCAUAUAUUGUAUGCUUAUCAUUAAGCAAAAAAAUUGCUGCCAGAUAUAGUAACUAUUUAUAAGUCUUUUUUUAGACGAAUCGUUUUUAUAUAAAUAUUAUAUAUAUAUAUAUAUAAUGACUAUAAUUGUAAAUAAUAAUAAUAAUAAUAAUAAUAAUAAUAAUAAUUAACAACAAAUACAUUAACAAAUACUACACAUACACAUAAUUAUUAUAUUUGUUUGAAACAUUCAAUCUUAUACCCCUGAAAUAUUUUUCUAAGAAUUAUAAUUAUAGAACAGUCAUUAUCGAUUAUAAUCUAUCUUUUUCUAUUUUCUAUGAUUUAGAACUUAAACAAAUAUAUUUAUUCAGUCAUACUGAUUGUGAGAUCUUUUCACAAUUGCUCUAUUGCAAUAUUUCUAAGCAUAGAAACUUAAAUGUUUAUUUAAUAUUUCGAUUUUUUAUCAAAACUACUAACCAGAAUAAUCCUGUUUUUAUCGAUUGUCAACUACUAUAUACUCUUCGUUUCUUUGGUUUAAAUAGAACAUGAUAGACUAUAGUUGAUGAAAUACAAAGUGCCAUACUGAUAAAAAUUGUACAUAAUGCAUAAUUAUACCAAAAUCCGUCCCAUUCUGCAUGAAAAUACCAUGUUAGUGUAAAGACAGUAUUUUGAAUUAUAAUGAAAAUAUAAUAUGGUAAUAACCAUUUAUCUGCAUA